AGCCCCACCCAACUUCAUCCGACGUCGAAGAGCUCCCACCCUCCCUCAAAUAGCGAGCAGGUCGAGACAAUCUUUCCCCUUUCCUCCCAAUUCUACCCCUCCCUUCACCAACCCUCCUUCAAGAACGAGGAUGUUUUCGUCACUCCCCCGAUAAAAUCCUCCGUCCGUUCCCGGACCAACGGCGGCGUCUCGUCUUUAUCCUCCCCGAAAAUUAUAAUUAUUCCUCGCUCACCGCGUCCUUCCGUCAAGCCCCAGCCCCAAAGCAACGGCGGUGAUGGCCCCCGAUCCGGUGGACCCCUUCCCUUCGCUGACGCCAGCAAACACCCCCGCGCGAACGUCGGCGCACGCGCUCCCCCGGCGACCCGCACAUGCUCCUCACGCGCCCCCCCUCUCCAGCCGGCGCCUCGCCGCUCCCCCCAUCCUCUCUUUUACUCCUCCACGUCCUUUCCCCACCGUCAAACCGGGACGGAGCGAGAGAGCGAGAAAGAGAGAGAGAGAAAGAGGGACCCGAUUUGGGCCUCAGAUCUAGAGAUCUCGUCUCUUUCCGGCGAGACUUGACGGCCGAUGGACGGGAGGGAGACGGCUCCGUCACGGCCGCCGAACCCGGCGCUGCCCUACCGCGAGGACUGCUGGAGCGAGGGUGAGACCUCGGCGCUGGUCGAGGCCUGGGGCGACCGCUACCUCGAGCUUAACCGAGGUAACCUCCGUCAGAAGCAUUGGCAGGAGGUUGCCGACGCUGUCAACUCCCGCUGCGGCGCCUCCGCCACUCGCCGUCCCCCUCGCACGGACGUCCAGUGCAAGAACCGGAUCGAUACACUAAAGAAGAAGUAUAAGAUCGAGAAGGCCCGGAUCGCCGCCACCAACGGCGUGGCGGCGAGCGGGUGGGCCUUCUACGACCGCCUCGACGCGCUCGUCGGAUCCUCCACCCCGGCCAAGAAGCCCUCGCCGCCGCUUGCUCUCCCGCUCUCCUACCACCGCAAGGGCUCCCCCGUCCCGGUCGCUGCGGCGGCGGCGGCGGCUGCGGCCGCCGCAGCCCGCCUGUCGGAGAAGCGCCCAGUGGCCGCGCUCGCUGUCGAUGACUCGUCGUUCUUCCGGAGGGCGGCCGCGGCAGCCGCGGCGGAGGCUUUGGAGGAGGACGCGGGGUCGUCGGAGAGGUCGUCGUCGAGGUCCGGGAGGGGGUGGAGGGGACCGAGGGAAAGGGAGGGGGAUGGGAUCCGGCAGCUGGCGAGGGCGAUCGUGAGGUUUGCUGAGAUCUACGAGAGGGUGGAGGGGUCGAAGCAGCGGCAGAUGAUGGAGCUGGAGAAGCAGCGGAUGGAGUUUGCCAGGGGGCUGGAGAUCCAGCGGAUGCAGAUCUUUGUCGAUUCCCAGGUUCAGCUUCAGAAGAUCAAGCGUGCCAAGCGAGCGGAUGUUGAUUGCUUGUAGUUUCAUCAGUGGAAGGAGUUGCACCAUUGCAUGGUGGCCCUCUUUGGAAGGAUGUUUAGGUUUGUAGUACUGCAUUCUCAUCUACAGCCUGCGCUCCGGUUGAUGGGUUGGCAUAUCACUGCCAGUUAUUCGAGAAAGUUUUUGUCAGCUACUGCAAGUCCUUAAAUUAUAAGAAACCAAAGGAGGAAAAACUCCGUAAAAUGUAUAGCAUCACUGAUUACAAACAUCUGGUUUUGCUAUUUGUGGCUUUUAGAUCAAUGUGACUAUCAACAUAUUAGGUUUUCUAAUCCACGUUAUCAACCAUUUCAUCCUUUGGUAAGUUAUUAACCAUUUCAUCCUUUGCCAAUCUUUGCUGUGACCUCUUGACAUUACCUGGCACCGACGUUUUUUUGUUGGAGUUCGUAUCCUUUCACUGGGCAUUAGCUACAUGAUGAAUUGGAGCUAAUUCCUGAAGAAGGUAUGCAUUCUGAGUGGUUAGUAAUUUGGCAAUAGCAUGCAUGUUAUAAAGAAAUUAAUCAUCUCUCCCAGGUUCGGUUCAUCAGAGGUCUGGUUUCAAGCGGUAAUUACUUGCUAAUUAUCUGAGUUUUUUCACUAUUUUAUAAUAACUUAGAGGCUUUAGUUUUGUAGGGAAGAAGAUGAACGGAGAAAUUGUAGCAGGCCUGUUAAUGGCACAGCUGUAAAUAUUUGCUUCAAAUUUAUCAGCUUAUGUGUUCUACUAGUUUGCUUCAGUAAGGGCCUUAAUGAUGAGCUGCCAUGCUUGUGUAAUUUAGAUGGUUUUUCAGGCAUGUGGAUUGGCAUUUUGAAGUUUUGAGUAGAUGUAUCUGGGUCAUCUGGAGUCUAUGCAUGAACAUUGAAGAGAAUAUCCAUGGUAACAAUAAUUGCUACUUAA